UUGGCCUGGUAUCGGUAAAGCUUCUUUCUUUUUAUCGAGAAAAAGAGAGCGAAAAUCUUUAUGGAAGGAAAAACGCUCAAAUCAAAUAUAGGGUUUUGUUCUGCAUAAUGUAACAGAGGUUUUAGGGUUCAGAUUCGAAUUAGGGCAUUUUAAUCUUGUCUCGCUGUUUCGAGAUAAUCUCAGAGAGAGAUAAAUGGCGACGGAGUCAUCCGAAUCAGAAGAGGAAGGGAAAAUCAGAGGAGGAAAUGAGACGCUGAUUGUGGAUGACAAUCUGAGAGAGAUGGGGAAGAAAGCUGCCUGGAGUGUUAGCUCUUGCAAGCCCGGCAAUGGCGUCUCCUCUCUCCGUGAUGACAAUCUCGAUACCUAUUGGCAAUCAGAUGGUGCGCAGCCGCAUUUAGUUAAUAUCCAGUUCCAGAAGAAAGUUAAGCUACAAUUAGUUGUCCUAUAUGUUGAUUUCAAGCUUGAUGAGAGCUAUACUCCAAGUAAGAUCUCCAUUCGAGCUGGCGAUGGCUUCCACAACAUGAAGGAGAUCAAAGCUGUGGAGCUUGUGAAGCCAACAGGUUGGGUUUAUAUAUCCUUGUCUGGAAAUGAUCCUAGGGAAACUUUUGACACCUUUAUGUUGCAAAUUGCUGUCUUCAAUCACCUUAAUGGGAGGGAUACUCAUGUGCGCCAAAUCAAAGUUUAUGGACCAAGACCGAAUCCAAUCCCACAUCAACAGUUUCAAUUUACAUCGAGGGAAUUCAUUACUUACUCAUCCAUAAGAUGAGGCAAUGAGAAAACAAAGUGGGAGAAAGGUAAGUAUGUCAUAGCUUCCCAAACUGGCGGGGUCCGAGGAUAUUUGAUGAGAACAACCAGAUGAUGGAAGUGCCGGAUAAAUAUGUGGUAAAACAACGGUAUAGGCAUAUAUAUAUAUAUAUGUAUAUGUAUGUUAAUAUCUUUGUCGAGUCGUGAUGUAAAACAUAUCUGAUGUAUUUGGUGUUGCACCUUUGAUACUAAAUAUCUUGAAUGAAUUCACUUAUAAAAGUCCUUUAACUUUGUUAGUA